AUGGCUCUGGUUUCCAGACAUCUCGGUCAGCGAACACCUGUCCAUCCAGAGUACAGCUGCCCCCAGUACCUGGAACACAGCCGACGAGGAGGAGAGAGGAAGACGGUGGACAUGCACAGGGAGAAGGUUGCACGGAGAGAGAUCGGCGUUUUCACAACGGUGAAGAAAAUCCCGAAAAACCAGCACAUUCUUCCUCUUGCCAGCACGAAGCCCAGCAGCCAGUACAGCCGCUGCCCCAUUAACUACACCCUACUGGACUCACUGGGUCACGCUGUGAAGGUCUCUGGGAAAGAGCUGGAGCAACCUGGGACAGCUCACAAACAAGGAGGAUCCAUCAGGUCCAGCAAGCCUCCAGAUCCAGUGCAGUGUCCAGUAGUGUCCAGCUCUACAGGCUCUAGUUUUGGGAGGCCUGUAGCUCCGCCGACAGUUCCAAAUUGGCCAGUCUACUCAGAUAGUGAACUCAUCGCCGCACUGCUGGAUGAUGCCCCGCCUCCUCCCCCUCCGCUCAAUGAGGAGGUCAAUGACACUCCAGCCCCUCCUCCCCCUCCUCCUGAUUCGUCCAUGGAACUGGCGGCACUGCCAACUCCAGAAACGUUGCCCAAUCCCAGCACUGCUUCCUUUGCACCUCCCCCUGCCCCGCCUCCUCCUCCCCCAAUGGCCCCACCCAUCAGCCUGGAGACGGUGAUAGAGGAGAAUGGUGUUUCCCCCCCUCCUCCUCCUCCCUUCGAUGAUGUCAUCCCUCUUCCAUCCAAUGAGGACCUGGAAAUGCCAGCUCCGCCUCCUCCCCCAAGUCAGGAAGUGGAAGCUCUUGUGUCCAGGAGGAGCAGGGUUCGUCGCCCGCCCCCCAGCACUCGCUCUGUCUCUCUGCGGGUCCGCUCUGGCCCCGCCUCCCGCUGCCGCCACACUCGCUCCCUCUUCCUGCCCUCCAUCCAAUCACUGAUGAUUCCGCCCCCUCCUUCCUAUCCUCCCCCUGUCCCUCCCCCCUCCUCUUCCACUCCUCGUAUCUGCUUACCUGCUCGCCUACAACACCUAGAUCUGGAGAUCCCAGCCCCACCCCCUCUUCCACUAUUGGACAUUGAGGGGACUUUUGAUGACAUCAUGCCACCCCUCCCUCCACCAGUGGACUAUGACUCCACCCCUCUGGAAUACCUGGAGAAGGUGGUGGCGCUCUACAGCUACGAGGCAGAGAAACCAGACGAUCUCUCCUUUAACCAGGGUGACGUCAUAUACCUGACAUGUCGCCAUAAGGACGGCUGGUGUGAGGGUAUUGUCAACGGCAACCACGGCUUCUUCCCAGAGAACUACGUCCAAUCAGCCAGCUAGAGUACUUUUAAAGCUCCGCCUCCUCUGUGGAUCCAGGAAGUGGUGUUGUCUUCAUUAUUUCAUUAUCUGUUGUUCAUUGUAGAAGAGAUGAUCUGAAUGGAUUCACAUGUUCUGGAUCCAGUGUCGGACAAAGUUCAGCUAAUUCUCUAUCUCUUAUCGCCUAUGUGUGAUGGCUAUGCAAAAUAGAAUCUAUAGCUAUAUCUAAUCUAUAUCUAUAAGAUCUAUAUCUAAUCUAUAUCUAUAAGAUCUAUUUCUACGUCUAAUCUAUAAGAUCUAGUUCUAUGUCUACAACGACAUGUCUAGUUAUGGGAUGAUGUUUGUCAUGGUCUAGUUAACAUUCAUACGGUGAUAUUAGUUAUAGAGUCAUGGUCAGUUAUAGAUUAAUAUCGUCUAGUUGAGUCUUAUUGUGAUAUUAAUUGUAAUUAGUGUGUUGUUGUAUGUGGCUGUUAUUAGCAAAGUAGAAACAAUUAAACCUUUACAGCCAACACAAGAUGUCAUACACACAAACUCACAUUUACAGCUACCAGUUGCACGGCUGUGGUCUUUCAGUUUUAGCCGUUUUGAUGAUGUCUGAUGAUUAAAGUGAUUAACGCGAA